UAUGAACACAACAGAGCACAUCACUGGCUGGCUCCAGCAGGGAGUGGGUUCCUCCCCUCUACUAAUCCAGGAAACUAGAGGUGGGAGGACGAUUCCAGACCAGCAUGGGGACCUUAGGGGAUCGAGACUCUCUGACACCCACUUCAACUAUAUUCACAACCCACGGAACAGGAGCAUAUCAGAGUGCUGGGCUUGCAGCUCGGCUUGACGCUCUGUGCACUGCUGAGCACUCCUGAAUACAAUAGUACUACAUACAGCUGAUACUCAAUCUCUCAUUUUUCAUCUCUCCUCCACACUCAUCUGCUGCAAGAUAGUGAGAAGAAAGAGUGUUGGAGAGAGAGAGAGAGAAUGUGUUUGAAGGGCUGUAAGUCUGAAUGUGUUCUUUGCUCGCAAGGGAGUUGCAUUGCUUUUGCCAUCAGACAUUUGGAUUAAUCUGGUGUUAAAGCGCACCAGCCGGAGAGCCUGGGAGAGACAGUCAAGAGAUCCUCCACUGCCCAGAUUGCCAAUGAUCACAAGGAACGGUCUCCUGCUGGUCUUUUGGUUUCUCUUGGACAAAGGCUUCCUGGCUCCCCUUCACUCUCCACCCCAAAGCAGGAUGGGAAGAGAGCACCACCUGAGGGGCAUAGCAGGACUGGGACUGAGGAGACAUGGGGUGUCAGUGGUUCAGAGGGUGAAGCGAGGAUGGGUGUGGAACCAGUUCUUUGUACUGGAGGAAUAUAUGGGAUCUGAACCACAGUACGUUGGAAAGCUUCACACAGACCUGGACAGGGAUGACAGUGAGGUGAAGUACACUCUCUCAGGAGAAGGAGCAGGCACCAUCUUCACCAUAGACCAGACGACGGGCGACAUCCAUGCCUUGAUGGGUUUGGACAGAGAGGAGAAGUCUUACUACACAUUACGAGCUCAGGCCAUGGACAUGCACACAGGCAGGCCUCUGGAGCCUGAGUCUGAAUUCAUCAUAAAAGUUCAAGACAUAAAUGACAAUGAACCAAAGUUUUUAGAGGGUCCAUAUACAGCCAGUGUCCCAGAGAUGUCACCAGGAGGUACUUUUGUUAUGCAGGUGACUGCCACAGACACUGACGACCCCACCUAUGGGAAUAGUGCACGGAUCGUGUACAGUAUCCUACAUGGACAGCCUUACUUUUCAGUCGACUCCAAAACUGGGGUGAUAAGGACUGCUUUACCCAACAUGGACCGUGAAAUGAAGGAGCUGUACCAAGUCCUUAUUCAGGCCAAGGAUAUGGGCGGGCAGCUGGGGGGACUAGCCGGAACAACCACCAUCAACAUCACCCUCAGCGAUGUCAACGACAACCCCCCCAGGUUUUCAAAAAGUAUUCUCCACCUCAGGGUCCCAGAAUCAUCGUCUGUGGGCUCAGCAGUAGGGAAGAUCAGAGCUCAUGACCUGGACUCUGGGAAGAAUGCAGAGGUGGAAUAUUCUAUAGUUCCUGGUGAUGAAGGCAACAUGUUUGACAUCACCUCCAACGGGCACAGUCAGGAGGGAAUCAUAGUCCUUAGAAAGCAUCUCGACUACGAAAACAAAAAGUCGUAUACCUUUAAAGUGGAGGCCUCCAACGCUCACCUGGACCCCCGGUUCCUCCACCUGGGCCCUUUCAAAGACACUGCCACAGUCAAGGUCAAUGUGCUGGAUGUGGACGAACCCCCUGUGUUCACUAAGACCUCUUACACCAUAGAUGUGUAUGAGGAUACUCCUGUGGGCACAAUUAUUGGAUCAGUUACUGCACAGGACCUAGACGCAAGCAGCAGUGCAGUUAGGUACUCUAUUGAGUGGAAGAGGCCUGUGGACAGCUGCUUUGACAUUGAUACUGUGGAAGGGACCAUCUCCACCAACGAGAUGUUGGACAGAGAGAGUAAUAGGCAGCACAAUAUCUCUGUAGUGGCCACUAAAGUUAACAACCCUCUCCUAUCCAACAAGGUCACAGUCACAGUCAAUGUGCUGGAUGUCAACGAGUUCCCUCCGGAGCUUGCCGUUCCCUUUGACACUUUUGUCUGUGAAAAUGCAGAAGUAGGCCAGGUAAUUCAGACCAUCAGUGCUGCGGACAAGGAUCUUCCCGCUGGUGGACAGAGGUUCUUCUUCAAGUCCCCUAGGGAAAUCAGAAACAGGAAUUUCACCGUGCGAGACUUUGGAAACAACACGGCGGGGAUAGUGACCAAGCGUGUAGGGUUACAGAGGCGGGUCCAGGAGUACUACGUGAUACCUGUGGUGGUGGAGGACAAUGGGUAUCCAGCCCAGAGCAGCACCGGCACCCUCACUGUCCGAGUGUGUGCCUGUGUGACUGACGGGUCACUCCUGUCCUGCACGGCAGAGGCAGUCUUCCUACCAAUGGGCCUCAGCACCUGGGCAGUGAUGGCCAUUUUACUGUGCAUGGUCAUACUCCUGGCGAUCUUUGCACUCUAUGUCGGCCUGAGACGGCAGAAGAAGAGGGAGACGUUGAUGUCGUCCAAGGAGGACAUCCGGGACAACGUGAUCCACUACGAUGACGAGGGGGGCGGCGAGGAGGACACCCACGCCUUCGACAUGGGCACUCUGAGAAACACCAAAGCCAUCAAGGAAAAAAUGCUCCGCUGGGGCACUGGGUCAGAGGUCACCGCCCAAACUGAGAUCAAUGAGUCGACCCCCACCACAGAGGGCAGCGCGGACAUCAUCAGGGACUACAUCCACCAGCGUCUCCAGGAGAACCACCUGGGUUUCUCUGCUCCGCCGUAUGACUCACUGGUCACGUAUGCCUACGAGGGGGAUGGGUCGGUGGGCGAGUCGCUAAGCUCCAUCGAGUCGUGGAUGGCAGAUGGUGGAGAAGACUUCAAAUACCUCAGCGAGUGGGGGCCGCCCUUUAAAACUGUAGCGGGGAUAUUAGACAAAGCAGAUCCUCCCGUGGCGGCAGUGGAGGGGAGCCGAGAGUGAGGACAAGAAAAGCAGAAAAGACUAAUGUGUUACUUUUAUGGUAGAUUUGUUUUUAAAGACAAUGGGAAUAAAAUCAAGCCUUUCAGUUCAGUUUUAAUCAUAUUUUGUGGUGGUUGUUAUUGUUGUUUAUUUAGAAGGCAGAACAUUUGAAAUGUUUUAUUAAAAUAAACUUGAUAAACCUC